ACGACGGUUCGAUACAUUCAUUUUCUUUCGAAAACAUGCCGAUUUCCAUGGUACAAGGCAACCCGCACCAAAAUAAUGCUUCUUUUAGUCCAAGGCAAUAAAGGUUGAGUGAGGGAUCAGCGAGGGAAUUAUCGACUCACCAGUUACCGCUCAUUCGUUCAUCGUGGAUUCCAUCCGGUCAUGAAAUUCACAUCUCUUGUUGCACUAGCGAUUGGCCUUACAGGCACUUGGGCGCACAAGCUGCCUGCGAGAGGCAUCCAUUCAGUCUCCAAGUCCAUCCUUGCCGGUCGAGCGGACGAGCGCCCAGUCUUCAGACGGCAGCUCAGCGCCACGCAAUGCGUGACUCCGUGUAGUGGGCAGACAGCGCAGCUGAACACUCUAUCUGAAUGCACAACCGUCGACUGCGUCUGCAGUGGCAUGAACACGCUCAGCUCCGACUGCCAGGCUUGUCUUCUUCAAGUAGACGGGCUCACCGCGGCCGACUGGGGCGCGACAUGCGCCGACCCCGGUUCGCUCGGCGACUCCCAACCGACAGGCGUAGCCACCUCCUCACCAGCACAAAGCCCUGACCCAGGGUCAAGCUCUAACACCAUCUGCGGCAGUUCUUGUUCCUCCGCGUCAGACUCGAACGACCUCACCACCAUCCUCAGCUGCAACCCUACGGACGCGAACUGUAUUUGCACGGGGCUGAACCAGCUUAGCUCGGGAUGCUUGAGCUGUGUUCUGGGGACAUUAGGAGCUACGCAAGCACAGGUGCAGCAGCAGUGCACGGCUGAGCUGGGCGGGGGUGGAGCUGUAGGUGCUGGCGCUGGCGCAGGAGGGGGAGGAGCGGCAGGGCCUGUAGGCACAACCACUGCCGCCGUACCUGAAGCGAGUGGCAGCGUGAACGACAAUACCGGUGGGAUCAACUUGGGCAGCGCGGCUGGAGGGGGAAGUUCAGGGGCUGCAGGCAGUCUCCCUUCGACUUUAGCGGCCAAGUCUGGCGCUGGAAGGGCCACAAUAGGCGGCCUUGUGAGCGCACUUGUUGUUGUCGGAGGUGUGGUAGCGCUCCUGUAGGCUUUUGUAAGCAGAUACUCACAUUCGUUUUGACAUACCACUCCUUUCGGACUCUUGCUUUCGGCGGUUUCGUUCCACACCUAUCGUAUACCCCACGUCAAUUAUUUAAAUUGGACUAGA